AUGGCCGCCUCCUCCUCCCGCGGCGGCGGCGGCGGCGACGACAACGAGCCCUACCUCCUGGGCUUAGUCGUCACCAAGAUCGUCGGCCUCCACCACUACAGCGGCACCAUCAGCGGCCGCGCGAACGUCACCCUCGUCCGCGAGCCCCUCAACCCUCACGACGACAACGCCAUCGCCGUCCACAACAACCGCGGCGUCAAGGCCGGUCACAUCGAGCGCGGCGCAGCCAGUGCCCUCGCCCCGCUCCUCGAUUCGCUCCUCAUCGCCAACAACAUCGCCAUCGUGCCCAAGGCCCCUUCCUCCAAGAACGGCAGCAAGCCCUACAGCCUCGUCUGCCAGGUCCACAUCUUCGCCUGCCCAGCCGCCGCCGAAACCGUGAAGAAGGCUAUCAGGGACAAGGGCCUCGCCCUCCUCGCCCCCACCAACCCCGAGUUCUUCUUCUCCGAGUCCGCCUUCGUGCAAGAACGGACCAAGAAAUCUGACCGGGAUGUCGAUAAGCUGUUCGCGCAUGUGGGGAAGGACGGAGACUGCCGGAUUGAGCCCAUGGAGGCGCCGGGGGAUGUGGUGCUGUCGGCCCUGUUCCAGCACCAGAAGGAGGCUCUGGGAUGGCUGGUGCACCGGGAGGAGUCCUGCGACCUGCCACCAUUCUGGGAAGAAGAUAAAGAUGGGGGAUACAAGAACGUGCUUACAACCCAGGAUACCAAGGAGCGGCCGGCACCACUGAGAGGCGGGAUUUUCGCCGAUGAUAUGGGGCUUGGCAAGACGCUCACUCUGCUCUCAUUGAUUGCGAGAAGCAAAGCCCCCAAUGUGGGGGUAAAGAAGGCCAACAAAGGGGCUAAAAGGAGGAAGAUUGAUGAUGCUGAGGAGGGAUCACGGACUACACUUGUGGUUUGCCCGCCCUCGGUGUUCUCGUCUUGGGUGACACAGCUGGAGGAGCACACCAAGGCAGGAAGCUUGAAGGUGUAUAUGUAUCAUGGAGAGCGGACGAAUGAUAAGAAUGUGCUCUUGAAGUAUGACAUUGUGAUUACCACUUACAGCAUCUUGGGCACGGAAUUUGACCGGGAGGGCUCGCCAGUGAAUGAUAUUGAGUGGUUCCGGGUGAUUCUGGAUGAGGCCCAUGUGAUCAAGAACUCUGCAGCUCGGCAGACUAAGGCGGUUACUGCUUUGAAUGCACAGAGGCGGUGGGUAGUCACUGGGACACCAAUCCAGAACAGCUCGUUGGAUUUGUACCCGCUCAUGGCAUUUUUGAAGUUCCAGCCUUUUUCAUUCAAGAGCUAUUGGCAGAGCUUGAUCCAGCGCCCCCUAGGGAAAGGGGAUAAGGCUGGGUUGUCACGAUUACAAAACCUCCUAGGUGCUAUCUCACUGCGCAGAACAAAAGAUGCAGAGAGUGGAAGUAAGAGUGUGGUUGCCCUUCCACCUAAAACUGUUGUAGCAUGUUACAUUGAACUUUCUACGGAGGAACGGGAGUACUAUGAUCAGAUGGAAAUGGAAGGGAGAAACAAAAUGCUGGAGUUUGGUGACAGAGAAUCGAUUUUGCGUAACUACUCAACCGUGCUGUUUUUCAUUCUGAGGCUCCGCCAGCUCUGCAACGAUGUAGCACUGUGCCCUAUUGACAUGAAGUCAUGGUUUCCUACUAGCUCCUUUGAAGAUGUGUCUAAAAACCCAGAGUUGUUGAAGAAGCUAGCCUCAUUGGUUGACGAUGGAGAGGACUUUGACUGUCCAAUUUGCUUAUCUCCUCCAUCAAAAACUGUGAUAACAAGUUGCACUCACAUAUAUUGCCAAACCUGCAUCCUAAAAAUCCUCAAGAGCUCUAGUUCCCGCUGUCCAAUAUGUCGGCGGUCUCUAUCUAAAGAAGACCUCUUUAUUGCUCCGGAGGUACAGCAUGCCGAUGAAGAUGGCUCAGAAAACCUUGGCUCUGACAAACCUCUGUCUUCCAAGGUGCAAGCCCUGCUGGAACUACUGAAGCGUUCGCAGAAGGAGGACCCUUCAUCAAAGUCCGUGGUCUUUUCCCAGUUCAGGAAGAUGUUGCUUCUGCUGGAAGGGCCUCUGAAGAGAGCAGGCUUCAACAUACUGCGCCUUGACGGCUCCAUGAGUGCGAAGAAGAGGUCAGAUGUUAUAAAGCAGUUCGCCGUUGUUGGCCCUGACGCCCCAACUGUGCUGCUGGCCAGCCUGAAGGCUGCAGGAGCUGGCGUGAACCUGACUGCGGCAUCGACGGUUUACCUCUUUGACCCCUGGUGGAACCCUGGGGUGGAGGAGCAGGCCAUGGACCGGGUGCACCGGAUCGGGCAGACGAGAGCGGUGAAGGCAGUGCGUCUGAUUGUGAAGGGCAGCAUCGAGGAGAGGAUCCUGGAGCUGCAAGAGAGGAAGAAGCGGCUGAUCAGUGGCGCGUUCGGGAGGAAAGGUGGAGCCAAGGAGAAGGAGAUGCGCAUCGAGGAGCUGCGCAUGAUGAUGGGCUUGUAAGCGAUAGUUCUGGCAGUGGUAAGUUUUGCCCUCUGGUAGCAUGUUCUGAAUGCGCUAUCUGACACAAGUGAACGAUAGCUUUAGCUCAGAUUAUGGUGCUGCUACAUGCAUGUAUUUUUGUCCCGUGUGGUGAACAUGCAUGAGAGCACCGGUGGAGCAGGGAGAGUUGCUAAAGAGCUCUCUGUUUUGCAGAACUUGACUGUAGCGUCUCAUAUCAGUGCAUGACUAGGGAAUGGUGUAUGUCAAUUGCCUGUGAUGAUAAACAGUAACCAGGUUCAGAAAGAUCAAUUUUCUGUAAUUCUGAUGUCGUGCGUCUUGUUUGUUGAUGAUCUAGAGCGUAU